GCGCAAUGCGAGCUUUACUCUUCGUAGACAUGGAGGACAACGUAGCAGGUCCCGUGAAAUCCCUAGCGGGUUUUCUGAUUCGUCGUUACCCGUCUCAGCUCCGAUCCAUCACUCUCGCCUCUAAUUCGAACAUUCAUCACCCUCUCUAUGUCGAUUUUGCAGAGCUCAUGGACGACGAUCCUCCUCUUGCGAACCUUGUCUUCUCCCAGCCCUCUGAGUACCUUCGCCAUUUCGACGAUGCUGCACUCUGGGCCCAUAAAAUUGUAUUGAGGGAUGUCAAUAAUAGGGAAAAGGGGACGGAGAAGGAAUUCAUUCAUGUCCGUAUCAAUAUCAGUGGUUCUCCACUUGAAUGCUCUGAGACAUUUCCAAGUAUUGGGCGUGUGAGAGUGAGGCACCGAGGGAUUCUUCUGACCAUCAAAGGGACUGUAAUUCGGUCAGGAGCAAUAAAGAUGUAUGAAGGAGAGAGAACUUACCAAUGCCACAAAUGCUCGCACAUGUUCCCAAUUUAUCCUGAGUUGGAAAGCAGAAAUUCUGUAACGUUACCAUCAAUUUGCCCUUCCCAGAGGCUUAAACCUUGUGGAGGCACAAAAUUCACAUAUGUAGAAAACACAAUAAUAUGCCAUGAUUAUCAGGAGAUCAAAAUUCAAGAAAGCACACAGGUGUUAGGUGUUGGGGUGAUCCCACGUUCAAUUCCAGUCAUUCUGAUGGAUGAUCUUGUCGACAUUGUUAAGGCUGGAGAUGAUGUCAUUGUCUCUGGAAUAUUAACUGCAAGGUGGUCUCCUGAUUUAAAAGAUGUUCGCUGCAACCUUGAUCCGAUAUUAAUUGCUAAUCAUGUGAGGAGGACCAAUGAGCUGAAAUCAGAUAUUGAUAUCCCGGAUGAGAUUAUUAUGAAAUUCAAGCAGUUCUGGUCAAACUUCAGAGACACCCCAUUGAAAGGCAGAAACUCCAUUCUACGGGGUAUUUGCCCUCAAGUCUUUGGACUCUUCACUGUGAAGCUUGCAGUUGCAUUAACACUGAUUGGGGGUGUCAAACACGUUGAUGUUUCUGGGACAAAGGUUCGGGGAGAGUCUCAUUUGCUUCUGAUUGGUGAUCCAGGUACAGGAAAAUCUCAAUUCUUAAAAUUUGCUGCAAAACUUAGCAACAGAUCUGUUAUCACUACGGGGCUUGGGAGCACUAGUGCUGGAUUGACUGUCACUGCCGUCAAAGAUGGAGGGGAAUGGAUGUUGGAAGCUGGGGCACUUGUACUUGCAGAUGGAGGGCUUUGUUGCAUCGAUGAAUUUGAUAGCAUGAGGGAGCAUGACAGGGCCACCAUACAUGAAGCAAUGGAGCAACAGACCAUAAGUGUCGCUAAGGCUGGUCUUGUGACUACUCUUAGCACUAGGACAAUUGUCUUUGGCGCAACAAACCCUAAAGGGCAUUAUGACCCUGAGCAGUCUCUCUCUGUCAACACAACACUCUCUGGUCCCUUAUUGAGCAGAUUUGAUAUAGUCCUUGUCCUUUUAGAUACUAAGAAUCCUGAAUGGGAUGCAGUUGUCUCAUCUCACAUUCUUUCUGAGAGAGAACAAGAUAAAGGGGAACGUGAUGAAGAUCUACAACAUGUCUGGCCACUUCCUAUGCUUCGUAGGUACAUACACUUUGUAAAAGGAUUCUUCAGACCAUUCCUGACAAAGGAAGCUGAAAAAGUUAUUUCUAGCUACUAUCAGCUCCAAAGAAGAUCUGCAACUCAAAAUGCAGCAAGAACCACCGUGCGCAUGCUGGAAAGUUUGAUACGCUUAGCGCAAGCACAUGCAAGACUGAUGUUCAGAAAUGAGGUCACUCAAUUAGAUGCCAUAAUGGCAAUUUUAUGCAUUGAAUCAUCAAUGACAACCUCAGGCAUUGUAGACAGUGUUGGAAAUACCCUGCACUCCAAUUUCAUGGAAAAUCCUGACUUGGAAUAUGCCAAGCAGGAAAAAUUAAUCCUUGAGAAGCUGAAAUCAAUUGACGAAUUUGUUGACAUUAACAGCGCAUAAGGAUUGGGCAUAUGACAAUGUGUGAAAGGAGAAUGCGUCUUUGAUUGAGAAUCUGACAACUAUUUAUAAACUACUUGUUGCAACCAUUAUCUCUACAAGACCAACAAUCCUAUGAAUCCCUAUAAAUAUUGUUGGGAUUUAGUAUGGAGCCUAUUUUGUGCGUGGUGACUUGGCUUGAUGACCCGAUUCGAGAAGAUUGUUGCGGAUCUUAAAAGUAGAUGUUCGGGAAGCUUACUUUGUGGAGUGGAGGUGAGGGCCAAUAGGUCCGAAUCGGAGCAACUUGUUCUUUUUGGGAUCUGGGAGCUUGCCCUUGGGAAAAAAAUUUCGGGGUCCUCAAUGUAAUUUUCGACUCAGUUGAUUAAAUAGGGUCAGGGUAUAUAAGUGUGAUUGUAACCCUGCAGUUGUAUUCUUUCCCUAAAAUGGUGAAAAAUUCUAUGCAACUCCGAGGACGUAGGCACAAUUGGCCGAACCUCAUAAAUCUUGGUGUCUUGUUUCGAUUGCUUUAAUUUUCGCUUAUUCUCUGUUGUUGAUACCGUUUUCAACAA